GGUUGAAAAUACUGUAUCCGUGAAAACCGGAAACAUCCGCUUUCUCCCAACCCUGCUGGAGACGUAUGAUUGGAAAAGCUAACUAGCUGUAAAACCAUAGUUUAUAAACCUUUUUAUUUCUACACUAUAAUACUACAAUCUGGUUUUCAAGUCAAAGAGCUCAGUGGUAGGGCGAUCAAAUAUCUGAACCCUCAAAAUCCAGAAUGAGACGACACACAACAUAUAAUGACGAAGACAUGCGCGAUGCUACCAGGGGGAAGGGAGAGAAGGUCCCUGAGGAUAAACAACACGAAUCCACCAUUUACUCAUUCGGGACACAGGAGCAGGACACAGCAGCCACAGGCUUCCAGCGCUUCCUCAAUGUCCUCAACAAAGGGGUGGACAUAAACAAGCUCUCAAAGAUUGUCAACACCGUGAAUGAGUUACCCCCUAUACAGGAGGCCCAUCCCAAGACUGCCUACAGGAGUGAGUAUAAGGAGGCCCCAGCUCAGAACUCUCAGGAUUGCUUGGGGCCCCACAGUAGAGCUCUGCCACAAGACCACAGUCACUCUCACAUUCGUGAAGAAAGGAGGCUGGAUCUCCCACAUGGCCAGCUCCAGAGCCUGCUGGAGUCCAUCGGGCUAGACCUGGGGGUGGAGGAGUUGGGCCGACUGACAGACCGGACCAAGGAGAGGCUGUACGGGAUGAAGAGAGACCAGGAGAGGAGCCCGUUGAAGUCAGACAGGCACUCUAGUACUAGAGACAGAGAACGAGACGAGGACACAGAGAGGGACGGAUCUAAGAGAAAUGGAGAAAGAGAACGGGACAGAGACUGGGCCAGUUCUGAGAGAGACCGAGAGAGAGACGGGGAAAAAUCUGAGAGAGACCGGGACAGACACUCUAAUACCAGGGACAAGCGCUCUGGUCCCAGGGACAGGCACUCUAGUACCAGGGACAGGCGCUCUGGUCCCAGGGACAAGCACUCUAGUACCAGGGACAGACGCUCUGGUUCCAGGGACAGGCACUCGGGUACCAGGGACAGCAACAGGGACAGGCGCUCUAGUACCAGGGACAGCCAGAGAGAUAGGCACUCUGAUACCAGGGACAGUGAGAGAGACAGGCACUCUGAUACCAGGGACAGUCAGAGAGACAGGCACUCUGGUUCCAGAGACAGGGACAGGCACUCGGGUACCAGGGACAACAACAGGGACAGGCGCUCUAGUACCAGGGACAGCGAGAUAGAUAGGCGCUCUGAUACCAGGGACAGUGAGAGAGAUAGGCACUCUGGUACCAGGGACAGGCGCUCUAGUACCAGGGAGAGAGACGAGGACAGGCGCUCUAGUACCAGGGACAGAGACGAGGACAGGCGCUCUAGUACCAGGGACAGUGAGAGAGACAGGCACUCUGGUGCCAGGGACAGGCGCUCUAGUACCAGGGAGAGAGACGAGGACAGGCGCUCUAGUACCAGGGACAGAGAUGAGGACAGGCGCUCUAGUACCAGGGACAGAGACGAGGACAGGCGCUCUAGUACCGGGGACAGGCGCUCUAGUACCGGGGACAGGUGCUCUAGUACCAGGGACAGGUGCUCUAGUACCAGGGACAGGCGCUCUAGUACCAGGGACAGGCGCUCUAGUACCAGGGACAGAGACAGGGACGGGCGCUCUAGUACCAGGGACAGGAACAGGCGCUCUAGUACCAGGGACAGAGACAGGGACAGGCGCUCUAGUAACAGGGACCGAGACCGGGACAGGCGCUCUAGUAACAGGGACAGAGACCGGGACAGGCGCUCUAGGGACAGAGACAGGGACAGGCGAUGUAGUACCAGGGACUGGGACAGAGAUGGUGACCGGGAAAAAGAAAGUGACAUGGAUUGGUAUAGGGACAAGUCCAAGGAAAGCUCUGCUGAGCUCAACACACACAAGGACCCUAUAUAUCCUUUUUCUCCCCCUCCUAAUGCAUCUAUGAUGGCAACCUUCUCCACCACCCAGUUCUCUCUGUAUACCAGCAGCCCCUACGCCAAUGCCUUCCCUCCAGGUUGGGGUUAUCCCCCUGGCACCAUGCCCCCUGUUACCAUGCCCCCUGUUACCAUGCCCCCUGUUACCAUGCCUCCUGGCCUUAUGCCCCCUGGUAGCAUCCCCCCUGGUACCAUGCCCCCUGGCCUUAUGCCUCCUGGUACCAUGCCCCCUGGCCUUAUGCCCCCUGGUCUUAUGCCCCCUGGUACCAUGCCCCCAGGCCUUAUGCCCCCUGGUACCAUGCCCCCUGGCCUUAUGCACCCUGGUCUUAUGCCUCCUGGUACCAGGCCCCCUGGCUUUAUGCCCCCUGGCUUUAUGCCCCCUGGUAUUAGGCCCCCUGGUAUUAUGCCCCCUGGCUUUAUGCCCCCUGGUUUUAUGCCCCCUGCUACCAUGCCUCCCUUCCCAUACCCCCCCCCUGGGUAUCCACCCUACCCCAGCGCCCCACCACAUUACUCUAAUAGCACAGCAGCCUUAAGCCAGACAUACGCAUACACCCAGGCUGCUAGCAACCUCCAGCUCUCAUCUACUCAGCCUGCCAGUAACCACCAGUUAACAUCUAUCCCACUCCCAUACAACCAGCCCACUGGCAACCUGCUCCAGCUCAUGAACCUACAACUCCCAAACAGCAAGCCCACUAGCACCCGCCAGCUUACAUACAUCCAGCCAGCUAACAACCCCCAGGGUAAAUCUACCCAGCCUGGUGGGACCCGCCAGCUUACAUACUUCCAGCCCGCUAGCAACCCCCAGGUCACAUCUACCAAGCACGUUAGCACCCGCCAGCUUACAUACAUCCAGACUGCUAGCAACCCCCAGGUCACACCUACCCAGCCCAAUAGUGAACUCAAGUUCACAAGCACGGCUGUACUGACGCCAGCACUGAAAGUGUUGACCCCAGGCCCCAUCUCCUUGAGCAAGGCCCAACAACUGAAGGAGCCAUCACCCCCCCGCUGUCUGCAUUACGUUAAGACGGUGGUGCCCAAGGGCAGCAAACGCCGCAUGAGACGGACAAGAGUCACGAGAAACAGGCAGGCGCUUGAAGAAAGGUGUAAUAAAUACAAGAAAGAGGUUCUGAGAAAGAGGAGAAUAUAUCGAGAUCUCCAAGGGAAGAGAGAUGGACUGAUUGCAAGAGCUGCGGCGAAAGUGGCCGCUCAGUUGGCGGCAAAGUACCCCAGGGCCCUCUCUGAAGCGGAGGCAGAGAGCGAUGUUGAAGGGGAGAAAAAAACAAUGCCCGAAGAAGCGAUUAAGGGGAAACUAAAGAAGAAGCUUGAAGAGUUCAACCUGAAGAUGAAGCGGAAAUCGACGCAACAAACACCAACAUAAACUCCAAGGCAGUUUGUUAUCUUCACUUGGCAUCAUGAGCUCAUCUCCCACUAGAAUAGAACCUGCUGCUGACCCAUCUAGACCCUAUGGACAUCAGUUGGCUUACAUUGUUACCUAUCAACCAUUUAUAGAUUUGUAAUGACACUAGCAAAGGAUUUGUUAUCUUUGAGCCACAUCCUUUAAGGCUACAUAGUGAAGAUUUUUUUUUCUUUCAGAUUGGGUUUAUCUGUAGUAGCAUGGGUACGGUCAGGGGCUUUUCUUGACAACGUGAUCUGACUAGCAAAAAUGAUUGCCUAUAUAGGCUUUUCGCUUUAAUUCGGUCCUGGAUAUUUUCCUAGGCUGGUCAUUUGGUCAGGAAAAACUCUUAACCCAUUUCUGUGGAUCCUCUUUCACUGUGUAUAUAUACAAAAUAAAGAGUUAUUUUAUUUC